AUGCCAGUCGGAGAAGAAAAGCGAUCGUUGGGGGUCGAAAACGAGCCUGUGGUUCCCUUGCAGAUCAAACAGGGUCCUGUGAGGCCGUUUGUGGUCUCCGAACCUCCAAAAGAGCUCCAUUUUGCUCGUUCAUUCCAUUCUACGAAAGAAAGACUGCUAGUCGCUGGAUUGGCAAUUUUCACUUCUGCUGUAAGGCUGUAUAACUUAUCGCAGCCUAAUGAAGUGGUCUUCGAUGAAGUGCAUUUUGGCGGAUUUGCGUCCAAGUAUAUUAAACGGGAGUUCUUUUUUGAUGUUCAUCCGCCUUUGGCGAAGAUGCUGUUUGCCUGGGUAGCAGCCUUUGCGGGGUUUGAUGGCAGUUUUGAGUUCAAGAAUAUUGGCGAUGUUUACCCAGCAUCUGUUCCCUACGUUUUAAUGAGAUCUUUAGCUGCUGUGGCAGGUUCUGUGACCGUCCUUCUGCUUUAUUUCACUCUGCGUGCAUCUGGUGUGAGAAUUUGGGUCGCAUUAGCCAGCGCCGUUUGUUUCGCAGUAGAAAAUUCCUUUGUGACGAUUUCUCGUUAUAUUCUUUUGGAUGCACCAUUGAUGCUAUUCGUCGCAGCAUCUGUUUAUUGCUUCAAGAAAUACGAGCUUUUACCGACAAACAGCCUGCAAUCUUUCAAAUACUUAGUAUUGACUGGUGUUGCGUUGGGCCUUUCAGCAUCUGCUAAAUGGGUCGGCUUUUUCACCAUCGGCUGGGUUGGACUGUUGUGUGUGUGGAGACUAUGGUUCUUCCUUGGCGACCUGUCCAAACCGGUUAGCUCCACCAUUAAGAUCGCCGCGCUCAAAGGUGCCGUCUUACUCGGCAUCCCGAUGGUCAUAUAUGUGUUCUUCUUUUAUGUUCACUUCCAGACUCUGACGAUGGAUGCUGAUGGUGCAGGUUUUUUCUCAUCAGAGUUCAGGACUACGUUGGAAGGCAAUAAAAUACCUGGCAAUGUGCUUGCAGAAGUUGGCAUUGGCUCGACAGUAACUAUUCGUCAUGUGGGCACCAUGGGUGGUUAUUUGCACUCUCAUGAUCACCAAUACCCUGCAGGCUCUCAACAGCAACAAAUUACGCUGUAUCCUCAUUUGGAUGGUAACAAUGAGUGGAUCAUCUCGUUGUACAAUGAGACUGAGCCAUUGACUUCAUUCCAAAAUUUAACUGAUGGUACCAAGGUUAGACUCCAACACUCCAUCACGAAGCGUAGAUUGCACUCCCAUGAUCACAAACCACCUGUUUCGGAAAACAGCGAUUGGCAGAAAGAAGUGUCCUGUUACGGUUUUGAUGGUUUUGAAGGAGAUGCAAACGAUGAUUGGAUCAUUGAAAUUGAUGAAAAUCUAUCUACGCCUGGACCAGCCAGAGAACAUGUAAGGGCUCUAGAGACGAAGUUCAGAUUGAAGCAUGCUAUGUCCGGUUGCUACUUGUUCUCUCACGAGGUAAAGCUCCCUAAAUGGGGCUAUGAGCAACAGGAGGUUACCUGUGCUCACUCAGGUAGACCAGAUCUCUUAGUUUGGGUCGUGGAAGGUAAUACAAACGAGUUUUUACCUGAGAACGCAGAGCGUAUCUCUUAUAAACCAUCGUCCUUCUUCCAAAAGCUUAUGGAGUCGCAUGAAAAAAUGUGGAAAAUCAACAAGAACCUAGUGGAAUCGCAUGUUUACGAAUCUUUACCUUCAAGCUGGCCAUUCCUGCUGCGUGGUAUUGGCUACUGGUCGUCGAAAUAUAGACACGUUUAUUUGCUAGGAAACGCUAUUUUGUGGUGGUCCGUAUCAUCGUUCAUUGGAAUUUUCGCUAUGAUCAUCAUGUUCGAACUCGGUUCCUGGCAGGUUGGAAAGCCAAUUCUACAAGAUGCCGACGUUGUAAACUUUCACAUUCAGGUGACCCAAUAUCUACUGGGAUUCAUAAUUCAUAUCGCGCCUUCGUUUUUGAUGAAGCGUCAAAUGUUUUUGCACCAUUAUUUACCAGCUUAUUACUUCGGUAUCUUGGCUUUUGGUCAUGCUUUGGACAUUUUUGUUAACUACAUCUUCAGAAAUAGGAAAGCAAUCGGCUACGCUUUGGUCUUUGGUUUCACAGCCUCGACGGUUUAUUUCUUCAAUUUUUACAGUCCUUUGGCAUAUGGAUCUUUGUGGACUAAAGAUCUUUGCAAGAAGUCUCAAUGGCUAUCUGGAUGGGAUUACACAUGCGAUACCUACUUAGACUCCUAUGACGAAUAUGACAAAAUCGAUUUCUCAUCGAGCUCUGCAGCACCUGCGGUCACCCCAUAUGCCGAUAUUGAUACUCCAGUAGAGGAUGAAAAUCAUGAGGAGAUCGACAGCUUUGAGGCUAUAAUGAACAAACCAGGCGAUAAGAAGUUUUUGGAUCAAAACGGGAAUCCGUUGCAACCUGAAGAGGUGGAAAGAAUCUUGAAAGAAGGAGGCGGCAAAAUCCAGAAAGUUGAAGACAAUUAA